AUGCCUGCGACCAUGUUGAAUUCUAGACAGAGUUCUCUUCGGUUCAGUGCCAUGGUGAAUGGGAGAAUGGAUGACCGUCCAACAGUUAUGCGGUGGGAUGGUGCUGCAAGAGCCUGUACCAACUGGGACAACAUUCGUCGAGACCCUGAAUUAUGGUUUCGAAAUGGCAAUUGCAUGGUUCACUUGCACGCAAAAGGACAUUCUAGACGAGGCCCAUCCUUCAAAGUCCCCUUCUCGGCCCUCCUCGACGCCCAAUGUUAUCCUCUCAUCGAAAAAUUUCUUUCAUGGGAAGAUGACCAAAAGAAACCCAGCUUUCGAGAACUCAUGAGAUGGAGUAGAGAAAACCCCACGCAAAAGAUGGAUUUGUACAUCCCACCACCGCCUUCUACCGACAAAACGCAGGCGCUCAACUACCACCUGGCCACUCGCAACUUCUUCGCUUGGAUUUUUCGCAGAUCAAUGGUCGGGACGAGUUUAGGCAGCGCCGCGGUCGGUCUUUUACACAGCAUGCACGAGUUUCGCUGCGGCGUGGAGGACAACGUUACGGAUAUGAUGGAUUAUUUUGAUGAGGAGGGUUAUCUUGAUAUGGCGAACCAGCCUAAUCACGCGUUGGCGAUGUUGCAACUGGCGGAGUUCUUUCAGAUGCGGGAGCUUUACAUCCGGGCUUUCUCUCAUUGCGUAGGCAUGAGCGAAUACUUGUUUGAGAACCCCGGCUUCAUGGAACUCAGUCCUGCAACACGCAAACUUAUUCGGAAAAGACAUCUCGAAUUAGAUCAUCGAAUGACGCGAUCGUCAACGAUGUUGAGGACGUUUCUUGACGAGGAGCUCUCCGAGGCGCACUUGAGCGUUGCAGCUGGUGCAAGAGCCCAUCUCGAGCGUUUCCGAAGCUUUUUGUUAUCCUUCUACACGGCCAAGCUUGGAUAUUAUCCUCCUGCUGGUACAGAUCCGGAUAAUAAUCUGUUUGACCCGGCCAUUCUGCGAAUUAUGCGCGAGGACUUUGAGUCGCUGUAUGAUCUUCUGGUUGAUGACCAGUGUACCAAAUCUUAUGCCUUGCCUCCCACGGCUCAUGGAGGAAUCUGCACUAUUCAACUAGUCCAAUCUUUUGACUUGCAGCACGAUUAUCAGACUCUUACACAUCCUCUGCCGCGGCUGCCAGAUACGAAUGCUCAUAACUCGCGACGCAAGGCAUGGCUACAUGGACGCGUUUCUCUCAGAUCUGAUCGCAAGGUGACGGCGCAUGCAGCACUGGUCAACGCCUCUAAUUUGGCUAAGCCUGGUGUAUCGCAGAAUGAUCUUGUUCGGGCUUACAAGCGCUUCGAAGAGGACUCUAUCAUGUCUCCCAACAAGGCCGAUAAGCUAGACAAGGUGUCGCUGGUGGAUGCUCGCAAGGUCAGAUGGGUUCUCAUCUACGCGACAUACCAGGUUCUUCGCCAUGCAACUGACUUGGCACCCGAGUUGGAAGAGGACGAGAUUCACGAGGCUUACUACAGCUUGUCUGCGUUGACUGAAGGUCUUCCGCCAUGGGAUACGCCUCGUGAUAUUGGGCACAUGCUAAAGCGCCAGACGCAGUACGUCACUGGUCCUAUGGACUGGACUGUGUACGCAGACCGAGAUGAUAUCCAUGGGCAAGAUGAUGGGAAGAUUGAGAUUAAGCCCGACAUUGACUACUUUGCACUCACCCAGCGAGAUCGUCCCCAGACACAAAGCGGGUAUCGAGAACGUAGAGCAUCGAUGCCAUCGCGUCCUUCUCGCUCGAACUCCUUCUCUCAAGCUCUUAGUCGCUCUUCAACCUUUCGACGUUCUAUCGCCAUGUUCAAGUCGCCUAGCAGCACACCACCACAAUCCAUCGCCCCGUCUCGACCGACAUACCACGAGAUUGUCGUCCAUGGAUAUGGCAACGGAACUAAUCAUGUCAGUCUUGAAACGGAACCCGAAACCGACAGCAGCAGUGAGUUGAAGAUGGAUGAUAUCGGAGUAGCCGUAUUAUCGCCCUCACCCCCACCUUCUUCACCAGAGAGUCUUGAAACCAGCGACGACGCUCUCGAUUCUCCCAUCGAUACACUGGACUCUCCUUCUCUGGUGGAACACUACAUCGAGCCUGAGAUCCCCAAGGACGUGAGAGCGUGCCGCGAGAGACGCCGGGACGUCAUUUCCAUGAUUGGUCGCUCCAUGUCAGGCCGAGUUCCCAAGCGCAGUGGAAGGCCCAUCAGCGCCAUCUUCGACAGCUACAGUUCUACAGAGAAGGACACAAUGACAACGAGCCGACGACACAGCAUGUUUCCACAACCGCUGCGGCUCAAGACCCAAGUGGACGAACCGUUCAUCCUUAACGACGAUGCGGAUUGGGCGGCGAUGCAGACGUUUAUGGAUAGUCCCGGACACAUGUCUGAGACGGAUGAAGAUGUGAUGCCUGCGUGGGAGCAGUAUGCUGAUUUGGGAGGGCUGACCGAUAUGAGGUGA